AUGAAGAGGAAAUGUUUACUUGUUUUUUUAGUUUUGUUAAUUUCUAAUGUUAUAUUAUGUAGUAUGGAAAGUAUUCAAUAUUCAGAUACAGUUUUAGAUAAUGGUACAGAAAAAAAAGAUUCGAAAUUUAACAAUUUAAUUCAAAGUAAUCAUAGUGUUGUUAAUGCAGAUGAUGAUAUCAAUGACAGUAAAAUUAAAAAUAAAAAUAACAAUAAAGAACAUAAUAUAGAUAAAAAUAUAAAAAAUAUAAAUGGCGAUAACAAUAUCGACAAUAAUAACAGUAAUAAUGUAGAAAAUAAUAUAGAUAGUAAUGCCGAAAAUAAUAUAGACAAUAAUAUUAUUAUGCCAAAUAAUUAUAAAUGUGACAAUCUUUCAGAAUUGGUUGAAUCAUGUUUUGAAACACACAGAUUCAGUUUAUGUAGCGACGAAUUCGAACUGUACUAUGGUUGUUGUUUAAAUUUGGUUAAAAUGAUAGACAGAAGAGAAUUACAAAAAAAAUAUUUUCAAGCUGCUAAGGUAUUUAUAGAUGCAAUGAAAUCUACAAAAAGCAGAUACGAUCUUUAUAAAAUGUACAUCCAAUUAGAUAGUUUUAUAUCCGAAAUUUCAGUGGAUUUAGAAUUAACCGAAUUUUCAUUUUUUCAUAAAAAACAAUCGGUUAAUAUAAAUAAAUAG